AUUUUUCUACUAAGACUCAGUUUCAAUUUUUGUCCCAGAAAAUUUUGAAGAAAAAUUUUAUUGUGAUAAUUUAUUACAAAUUAAGAGAGUUCCAUAAACGAAAUACCAAUUUGAAGAGUUCUGAUCUGAGAAGAUUAUUACCGCAUUUUGCGAAGAGCAGAAGAAUUCUCCGACCGAUAUUGGAUGUGUUUCCCGAUUUGUUCCAGAAAAAUUUUAUUGUGUGAUAUAUUUUUUACCAACAAAAUCGUAGCCGAUUUGAAUAGGUCUUAUCCAAAAAGUUUAUUUAGACGUGCCAAUAACGAAUACGUUUUUCCUUUUUGGAUAUUCUACGAAGACUAGGAAAAUUCUCUCGCCGAUAUUGGAUUAUUAGAACAUUCUAUGAGAAGUACGAAGAUUUUUUCACCAAUAUUGGAUUGUUAGAAGACUGGGCUUGACCUGCUGGAUAGUAAAUUGGAUUCUUGGAAUUAAUUCCCUUAUCGUUGUUGGAAUAGGUUUCUUGCAAGCUGGUUCACUUACUCCCACAUCGUUCAUUUAGGACAGCAGGCCCUCAACCCUCGUUAAUUAAUGACAGCGGUGGGCUUCUUUCUUUAUAAUUCCAUUGCAAGACCUUCAACCUUCGUUAAUUAAAAACAGCGCGGGCUUCUUUUUAGUAUUCCUUGUUAAGGACCAGUUCUCUUACAAGAACUUAUUUCUGACCUCGUUGGUUAAAGACAGCUGUGAUCAUACUUGAAAGGAUCUCAAUCGAUAAAAUGCCAACAAAUGUAGCAGAUUCAUCUCACGGAUUGCUUUCAAUCAAAAUACCAGACGUUGAACCAACUCCUGCAAGCGCUAACGGUUUCUUAAACUAUCUUCGAGACUAUUGCAAAACGCAUGCCGACAAAUCGUCUGAACAAAUAUUGAUGUCCACAACUCAUCAAUGGAAUGUAAUGAGUGAUACUCGGAGAAAUAUGUAUCGUGAAGUAGGAGAUGCUUGCGGAGGAUGCCCUAAAAAAAAGAAGAACCCUUGUAAGAAAAAAAAACCCAAGUGUCCAAAGAAAAAAAAGAAAAAUCCCUGCAAGAAAAAGAAGCCAGCAUGCCCUAAGAAAAAGCCGAAGUGUCCUAAAAAAAAGAAAAAUCCCUGCAAAAAGAAGAAGCCUCGCUGCCCCAAGAAAAAAAAGAAGACUUGCGGCGCAAAGAAGCCAAAGUGCACCAACCCUGGCCCGCUUACAAAUAAUGCAUACUUGAAUUAUCUGAGAUACUUCCGUCGUAACAAUUGUGGCUUGGACCCAAAAGAUAUUAUCAAACAAGCGGCAAAAUGUUGGUGCAAACUACCUCCUGAAAAACGUUUGCGCUUUGAGAAGCAGGCCUGUAAGAUGACCACAUCUUGCCGUCGUAAGAAUACCAAGCUUUGCAAAGAAGCCCGUAAGCCUAAAAAAAAGAAACCCUGCUGCCCAUAAAACAGUUCGACGAAGAGUAUUUUAGAAAAUUUGUUAUAAUUGGCCAAAUCGCAAACUACACAUUGACUAAUCUUACUCUUAUGCAAUUUGAUGUCUGGCAUCAAAGAAACUAUAUUUAGGCGAAAGAAUUCCAAAUAAGUCCACAUACCCUUUUGUCGCAGAAAAUACCAAGAGCUCGACUGGUGCUAUUUACUUUAGAACUGUAAAAUGCAGAUUGAAAAUACUGUAUUUAUGCAACUAAGACCUUAUCUCCGACA